AUGACUGGGUUGGAUGGGUACCGGCCUGACAAUACCGUUCGGUGUGAGGAGUUUUUGGCUCGGGGGUGGGCAGCUGUUGUUGUGGAGAUUCCUGGGACGGCGGACUGCCCGGCUGAUAGUGCCGAUCCUGAGAGCCCGGAUAGGCUGUGGAGUUCGUUGCUGGAUUGGAUGGCGAAAGAGGGGAGGUUUGAUAUGAAGAAGGUCAUGGUCUGGGGAUUGAGUAGCGGGGGCUAUUAUGCCGUGCGGGUGGCGCAUACGCACAAGGAGAGGAUCAUUGGGAGUGUUGCUCAGGGGGCGGGGGUUCAUUACUUUUAUGAUAGGGAGUGGCUGGAGCGGGCGGAUGGGCAUGAGUAUCCCUUCAAGUUGACGCCGGCGAUGGCGCAUAAGCAUGGGUUUGGGAGCGUGGACGAGUAUAAGGAGAAGGUGCAGAAGAAGUUUUCGUUGUUGGAGACGGGGAUUCUGAAGAUGGAGAGCGCGAGGUUGUUGUUGAUCAAUGGCACGCUGGACGGUCUCAUGCCUAUCGAGGACUCGAUGAUGCUGUUUGAGCAUGGCUCGCCCAAGGAGGCCAGGUUCUUCGCCAACGCUCUGCAUAUGGGCUACCCGAUGGCCAACAGCUCGGUGUACCCCUGGAUGGAGUCUGUGAUGAAGUCGGUUCAGGGAUCAAAGUGA